GAUAAGCGAAAGCCAUAAGUUCUGUCACUUAAAAGUCUGAAUUCCUCUAGAGUGGCUCCUAGAAUCGUGACGAGGUUUCUAUUCGGACAAUAAAAAGCCAAGGGUUAUUGAAGAAAGCAUUUUUUCCUCUUUCUUUCAAUCAAUGUGGGAAAAUAGCCUCUAAUAACUUACUCGCGUUCUCACCCUUUUCAUUUUCAAAACCGGAAAAGGUUGUACUUUACUUUCAACGUAGUUUUCUUUGUUGUGUAUAACAUGAAAAUUCCGACGGACUGAAUAACAAACAUAAUUUCAAUCCUACAAGUGGGUGUCAUUUUUUUCUAAGCCGCAAGUGCUUCUAAUAAAUUCAUUGUGUGAAAUUUUAAUCCAGUGAUAGUAGUUAGUGUGGAAUAGGUGGAAAAUCGUUUGGAAGGAACGAAAAAGCUUUCAGGAAAUAUCUUUUUGCGGAGGUGGUAAAAUUUGUGCGGUCCGAUAAUGGCCGAGAAACUUCUGCUUCUCCUUCUUAUCUAUUUGGGAACUGAAAUAUUAGCGCAACCUACAUCAUAUUCUCUGCAAGAAGCUGUUGAUGCUUUGCGAAGACGUGAAGCACAAUUAGCCUUAAGGAACAAUUUCAAUGAACCACCGCCUUCACAUUUCAUGCCAGCCCCUUCUGAAGAAGAGGAAUAUUGGGGUCAAGAGCCCGUAUCAUCACCAUCAAUUCAUGUAAAUCGACAUCAAUUGAAUAAGCUUCUUGCAAGAUACUUGGCUCGUGACGAUGAUGAAAGAGAACAUGAUGGCGGAUUAGGGACAUAUGAACCAGAUUUCGACGACGACAACUAUAUACCAGAGGAGAGAAAACGAUCAUUUUUCCGUGAAAGAGGCAGCAAAUAUGAGCCACCAUACGCUUCAGUGUUUCGUGAACGUGAACUUGCUCCAUACGAAACGCCUGAGUUAGCUGAAGAGUUCCUAAGAGAAAUCGAACAUGAAAAAGAUCUAGAAAGAGAGCAAAAGUACAAGGAAGCUUUGCAGAAACUUUGGGAAAAAUACGAGCAACAAGAAAAUGAAAUCAAAGAAGAUCUUUUUGAAGAUGAGAAGAAAAAACGUCAGCUACUUCCCUACAUCAGUCCCAUGGAGAAAAAAAGAUCUUAUCCAGUUUUACCAUGGUUGCCAGCAUCCCGGAAGAAGCGAUUUCCAGUAACAAAACGGUCGCCACGAGCUUCAAAUGAAGGAACAUUCGGAGCAUCUGGAACUGAUGAAAGAGUUGCACAUGAUCUGGAGGCAAUUUUUAGUGAACCGAAUGAUGAUAAAAAGAAACGUUCUGCAGAGAAUGGCCCGUUAACUACACCUGAAUCUACUGGGGAGAAUAACGUUGAUAAAAAGAGUAUGACACCUAAACCUCAUGGCAAUGAACACAAUCAUCACGGUAGCCACGAUGAAAAUAGCUCUGAAGAGGAUUCUCACGAAGGUCAUGAUCACGCCCAUGAUCAUGAUCACGAGGAAGAUGAAGAUGAUGAUCAUGAUUUUGAUGAUGAAGAUGAGGAAGAUCGAAAAAAGAAACGUGAGAUAGCUGCAAAGAAACGAUCAACACAGGAAAUCUUAAGGGAGGAUCAAAUUAUCCCUGGCGAUUUGAGCAGUUUAAAAAAGAAAUCCGUGGACUGGUCCAAAUAUUUUGGCAUGGACCGGAGGAAGAAGUCAGAAAAUUGGUUCAUGCGAAAUAGUAACGAAGUAAAAAAGCGAAGCCCUAUUGAUGAAGACGACAAGCGGAAGAAAAAAAGCGAUGUCGAUGAAGAAAAACUGGACAAUAUGGACAAGAAGUUGAAGACUAUCGAAGACCUUAUUAUUGAUGAAACUGUAAAGUAUACCGGUGCCCAUGAAGGAAUUUCUGAUCCAGAUGAAAUUCGCCACCUCAAAGACCAUGUCGUUUCGAAAUUGGCAACUGCAUAUAGUUUAGAGAAAAUGCGAAGAGCACUUGAUAAGCUGAAGCAAUCUAUUGAUAAUGAGAACCACUUGCAACGAAAUGAAAUUGAAUCUGAAACAGGCAUCGAAGACAAGGAGAAGGAGAAACGAAUAGCUGUUAAGAAGGAGAAAGCCGAAUACGAUAACAAUCAUUUCCCCCCUUUUACUUCCAGACAUUCUAGCGAACAACCGGAAGAGAAAAGUCAUGAGUCCACACCAAAUGAAUUGGAUGAAAAUGACGACGAUAAGAAAAAGAAGAAGAAAAGAAACGGGGGCGGGAUCCCCCGUCAUCACUCCGAUUUGAAUUUAAGCGAUUUCGAAGAUGAAUUGGGCGCAGGACAUUUCGAACCCCAAUUAUAUGAUGGAUAUUCAGCAGGCAGGAAUUACAAUUAUUUGGAUAGUUCUCAGUGUCCUAUGUUGGAUGCAAUGGCGGAAAGGUGUCGCAAUGUGGAUCUAAUAAGUGGCGAUAUCCGUCAAGAGUUUUUGCCGAUCUGUGGUGUACAUCAGCUAUGCUAUUUGUGUGGCACUUCCCAGACGGCAUGUGAUUUUCAAUAUCUUUCUGAAGCUGAUUCCCUAUGUGGCAGGAACAAUGAUUGCCAGUCCGCUGCGCGGGCUGCACUCAUGAUCCUACGUGGUACUCCCGGGCCACAGUUAGGUCCCAAGGAAUGUAUGAGAAACAAUUGCCUAUAUCGGGCCAUGAAGGAAAUCGGGCUGUAAAUUCUCACACUUAGUGCUGGUUUUUAUUAGCGCAUUUAGAUAUAUAUUAAAUGAAUCGAAACUAAUUGACAUAGAAACUUAUUUGAAACUACAUAUGUAUUUUUAAUCAUGCAUCCAUCUGACUUGUCUUUGUGAGAAAUUGAAUAACUACAUGUGUAAAUUGCUAAUCUGAACGAAAAAGUUAUGGUAGCAAAUAUUGGAAAGAAUCAUAACAUUUAAGUAAUAUGACAACUAUAAUUGGAUUUUCAUUGAAUCAAAAUUGCUGCUACAUAUAAUGUAAAGAAUUUACAUUUGGAAUAAAUAAAUCUUAUAUAUUAUAAAUUAUUAUUGAAAUAUACAUAUACUUCUAUACACUUAAAAAUAUAUAUACAUACAUGUCUGUUCUGUUAGACAAGUACAUUUAAAAGAUAAUAUAUAGAUACCCUAAAAUUAUAUAAACUAUAAUGAAAAAGGGAAAGGAAGGGAAUAUUUUUUAGAGGAAUUUUAACAAGACAUUUCAAUAUUACGUUUAUUGAACAAAGAAUAUCCGCACUAUUUGGAAAAUUCAAACUCAAAUGAAUGGAACUUUUCGCGAAAGGUGGAUUACAAGUAACAAUAAAACAUGCUAAUAUAAAUCAUUCUUGAAUCAUCAAAUUGUACAUCUACUUACAUAAAAAAGUAUUAAGAUAGGUAUCUAAAAUAUAAAUGAAAGCAAGACAACGGCAGCUACUUAUCUUUUAUGUUGACAAUAAGAAUUGUUCCAGAUAUUUUGCGGUACAUAAAGCUACCUAAAUUGAACCUUUUUCCAUUGGUUAAUUUUUCUCCCUAAAGAUGAAUUUGAAAAAAAAGAUAUUGUAGAAAAAUAAACCCCACUCCCCCGUCUCCUAGCUUUUUUUGAAGGUCUAUUUGGCCCGAGAACCAUGUAUUUGUAAAUCACACAGAGUCUUUGCAAGAGUCACGUUAAUGUUGUCAAAAUAUAAAGAACAAACCUCUACUUGAACACAUUUUGAGGUUUGAUCACUCUACUCUGUUAUUCUUUGUAUGCUUCUUAUUGAAUGAUAAAAUAAUGGAAAGAAGUUUAAAAAUAGUAAAUGUAAUUGUCAUUGAAAUCCAAAGGAUAAUACGAAAAUAUGAAUAUUCAAUAAAAGAUCGAAUUCUCUGAGAAACUGUUCACU